AUGACCAGUCGUCGACAUGUCCACUUCAACUCCAAAGCCAAAUCAUGGACUUCACCUGAGCCCGCCUCCACAGAAGUCAUUGAUCGGUUCCACCAGAGCCUUCCCAGUUAUGAGCCAACACCUCUUGUUAGUCUGGAUGGCCUGGCUCAAGAGAUUGGGGUCGGAGCUGUCCAUGUCAAAGACGAGACGAACCGCUUCGGCCUUCCGGCGUUCAAGAUCUUGGGUGCUUCUUGGGGCGCAUUUCGCUCUAUAACCGAGGAAUUUGGGUUGCCUCUUGACUCGGAUAUUGAUACUGUCCGAGAAGCGGCAAAGUCUCACCAAUUGACCUUGUACGCGGCGACAGAAGGGAACCAUGGACGUGCGGUGGCUCGCAUGGGUGCUAUCUUCGAUGUUCCAGCUGAGAUUCACGUACCAGCAUCGAUGCACCCCUCGACAGUCAAGCUCAUUGAGUCUGAGGGCGCCAAAGUUGUCAUGUCAAAGGGUAGAUAUGAGGAUGCGAUGCUUGAGGCCGAGUCUGCGGCCAAGCAUGAGAAGGGGAUCAUGGUUCAGGACCAUGCAUUCGGUGACUAUCAGACCUGGAUUGUCGAUGGCUACGGUACCAUGAUGCGAGAGGUUGACAAGCAGCUCGGUUCUGCCAAAGCUGACUUGGUCAUCGCUCCUGUCGGAGUCGGAUCAUUCGCUCAAUCUGUUGUCUCUCACUUCAAGAGACAGGGUACAUCCACCUCCACGUUGACAGUUGAGCCUGAUACUGCGGCGUGUUUGUGGAAGAGUCUGGAGAAGGGCGAAUUCACAGAGAUCCCAACGACCGGCACCAUCAUGGCUGGUCUCAAUUGCGGAGCUCCUUCAACAAUCGCAUGGGACCUCUUGAAAAAUGGCGUGGAUGCAAGCUUGACCGUGUCAGACCACGAAGCUCACCAGUCCACCUUGUAUCUGCAAUCUCAAGGCAUCAACGCUGGGCCCUGCGGAGGCUCGACUCUCGCUGCACUAAGACGGCUUACACAGGAUGACAAGAAGGCCCUUGGGCUCAAUGACAAGUCCACUGUCGUGAUCUUUUGCACAGAGCGAAACAGAGACUACGAUGUACCCCACGACGUUUCUGGCAAUGACCCAGUGGCACUCACCCAAACUCUUGUCCAGAUCAACUCAGCCAGUCCCGACUUGGGUUCUGUUCCCGGACCUGGUGAGACAGCCAUCGCUCGCUAUGUCGCUGCAUGGCUCGAGCAUAGGGAUCUGGAAACGCACUGGGUAGAGUACACAAAGGGUCGCCCCUCUGUUGUUGGUGUUGUUCGCGGCUCCGGCGGCGGGAAAAGCGUCAUGUUCAACGGACACCUCGACACAGUCACUAUCAUGGGCUACGACGAUGAUCCAUUGAGCGGCAAGAUUGUAGACGGGCGUCUCUAUGGCCGAGGAUCCGCUGACAUGAAGGGAGGCGUCGCAGCAGGCAUGAUCGCGCUUGCCAAUACUAAGAAGCUUGGCCUUCGUGGUGAUGUGAUCUUCACUGGUGUUGCCGACGAGGAGAGCUUGAGUAAGGGAACAGAAGACAUCCUUCGCGCUGGAUGGAGAGCAGAUGCCGCUGUUGUAUCGGAGUCAACGAACCUCGAGAUCAAUCACGCGCACAAAGGGUACUGUCACAUUGAGAUCAAGGUCUAUGGACUGGCUGCACAUGGUUCACGGGCUGAUCUGGGCAUCGACGCCAUUGUCAAUGCCGGCCAUUUCCUCGUUGAGUUCGGAAAAUACGCUAAGAAGUUGCAAGGAGGUCACGGAGACGAGACCUUGGGAACAGGCACUGCACACGCAUCCGUUAUUGACGGCGGCGAGGAGGCAUCGUCGUAUCCCGCACAGUGUACCAUCAUCGCAGAGCGCCGAACAAUCCCUGGAGAGACCAAUGAAGUUGUUCAGAAAGAGUUCGACAACAUUAUCGCCAAGGUAGCAAAGGAAGUCACCGACUUCAAGGCAGAAGCCAAUAUCUUCUUCAGCCGCCCGCCCCAGUUCACAGCGGCGGACCACCCUUUCACCAAGCUCGUCUCCGGCAUUGUAGGCAGUGUCACUGGCAAAGACGCGGUUACCGCCGGUGCCCCGUUCUGGACCGAUUGCGCUUUGUUGGCUGAGAAAGGGAUAGUGCCUCUGCUCUGGGGACCAAAGGGAGAGGGAUUUCACGGGAAGGAGGAGUUUGUUCACAUCGAGUCAAUUGAACAAGUAGCUGAGGGACUGACCAGUAUCGCAACUGAGUUCUUUCUCAUCUCAUUUGACACAGUCGUUCGCAUCGAUGAACGAACCUCUACUGGCACCGAGCCCAUACGUCUCAUGACCACGUCCCUUAAAAUGGAAACUCAGACACUCCCGCCCUACCUAGUCAGUACUUUGGAGCUGUAUAAGAAGGACACAGACUCCGUCGCCGGUUGGCUCGCGUCAAAGGCAAAGUACUAUGGCUAUAAGUCACAGACGGCUGAGCCCAACAAUAAGGACAACCAGAAGAAACCUUCCGGCCGCCUAAAGGGAAAGGCUCGUAAGGAGGCAAAGAGCCAGGCCACUGGAACUAAGGAUGGGACCGAUAAAAAGUAUAUUGUCGCCUUAAGGGAUUAUGUCCCUAUGGCUAAUUUUAUCGUUGCACAUCGACAGCCUACCAUCCAGGUACCGCCGACGUUCUUUGACACCAUUGGCCGAGUCAUCUACGGGAGAUCUUCGUUUCGAUCUCAAAUGGUGAAGCAUGGAAUUGAGGUUGAUGAACAUGCCAACCAAAAGCAUCUUCACUUCGUCCAUGUGAUGGAAACUGUCCGAGAUACUUUACGUCCCAACAUGAAAGCAGUCAAAAAGCAAAAGCCAGCUGAGCCAAGCAAGGUUAUCGAAGGAUUCAACCUACUCGCGUUGGAUGACCCAUCGCGUGAGUUCUUGGACGCACCAGACAUCGAGCGCCCCCAACAGAUAAAGGAAGACACUGCCACAUAUCAGGCAGAAGAACAGGACUGCCUCGAUGAUGCUCUGCUUACCUGGAGACUUCUGAUCAACGACGCUGAGACAAUCCGAAACCAUAUCGCAUGGGUUUGGAAAGGCUACCGUGAUGGCAAGUUUGACCUCACAGUUGCUGGAGUAAUCACGGAUACUGGAAUACAUAUGGUAGAGCGUCUUGUGGGCCAGUCUUUCAAACUUUUCGACAAAUACGGCGGUUGUAUCCGAGUUGGGAGGAUGCAUUUUACCAUGCAAGCUGCUCUAAAUGGGUACUCGCAGCAGCAAAUUGAUGAGUGCUGGAGUGGCAAGCAUGUCGAUUCUCAGCUAACGGAACUAUUCAAUUCCACGUUCUCCCAUGUACUCGCCAUCCUUGAGCCGCUUAAAACGAUGUUCCCGCGUCCAACAGAAAGCAUCUUUGACACUCAUGAGAUGAUGCGCAGUCUAAAGACUCGCUGCGGUGUGCCAGGGAACAAAGCUGCUACUCUGGACCUCUCAGUUGACCAGUUGAUGGCAGCACGAUUUUGGAACGAGGCCCUGGUGUUUGCCAAGCAUCGCAGAGAGUGUGGAGUCAUGGAUAAGUUCUCAACGUUUGUAUUUCUAGCAAGCGAGGAUCAUGUGUUUUCGUUCGAACUGGCGUUUGCUUACCAAGUUCACCUUGAUGUGUUUCAUAUCAUGCGGGAAGACCUAGCACGAGGCUCAUCGGAGUUUUGCAAGCAUGCGAAGGACAUGCGAGACCAACUCCAGGCUUUCGUUGCCAGUCUAUCACUACCAGGCUCGCCCCCUGGUCCCCCAAACCUUGAUGAGAGCGUUGGUCGACUUAUCCAGUAUUUUGACAAGAUUUUGUCAUACUGUGACCCCCAAGAGGAACGUGCCGAGCCAGAAAAAGGAACCCGCCACCAAUGCAAAGAAGGUACAUUCGAAAUCUUCAAUAUCUUGCCAACGUUUUCUGGUCUUUAUUUAUUCUGUGCCAGAGUUUACUUGGCUGAUAUGGCACUGCGGCUUGUCAAGGAUGCUGGCGUAAUGACAAUUAUGGCUCACUUGUACAACGCCAUGCAACAGCUGAAGAUGCUUGAGGGACCGUGGAUAGACAUGGAUUCAUUUCAAAAUUGCUUUAAGGAGCAGGAUCUAUUUUUCGCAAGCAAGCCGGAGAAACGAGAGGACUUUGCCACACGCCUCCUAAUCCAGCUUGGCUUUAAACCAUCAGCUUUGAAAUAUCUUCGCAUGGGACGCAAUCAAAGGGAACCACAAAAGUUUUUCAAAUCCUUUACCGCUGAACUUCAGGGUGUAGCUCCGGUGUCGAUGAUAUUCGCCGACAUAGUUCACAAACGUCUCGUCCCCAACCUAUCAGAGGAUGAUUUGGCCUACAUUCUAUCUGCCAAUCUUUACAAGGAAACUAUCGCUGGCGAAGAUGUCCAUACCCUCGUCCCUCUUGACGAAAAAGAAAGGAAACUAGUCAAGAAACGGUUUAUGAAGACCAAGUCUAAAGACCGUCAGCAGGCAACGCAGCCCUCCCCUGACGAACAGCUGAGGCAAUUCGCCUUAGCCCUGACCGGAGAGUCGAGGGAGCUAGCAUUUCCCUUCCUGGCAAUGCACAAUCUAUGCGUUUCGCUGUUCAACGAUAUCAGCGAUCGAUGCGCUUCAACCCUAGAUUCCCUAGACUUGAGGGUUGAUCCUCUUGGGCCGACAGUCGAUGUCAUGCUUAACAUUAUCUCGCUAGCCAGCUGUACGAAUGAGGUUGACGCACUUCGUGAGGCAAGUGAAAUCAUUCAGGAGCAUACCAAAAAUAGCCCAGCGAUUAUAACUGAGAAGAUUGCAAAUGUUGGCGCUUUUGGUUCGAUACCGAUACCAAACUUCGAGGUGUACAAGAUCCCUCAGACAAUGUUUGUGAAUGUCAGCGCUGACCCAGAGCCUGAGGAGGAUGAGGAGUUUGCAAUUCCUUUUGAAGAAAGCGAUUCAUGCUCCGAAGAAAUGGGAGAAACAAAUGAGAUCCUGCAGGGGUAUUUGCCUGAUCCCCAUGGCUCAUGUCAUGGGAAGGCUGGUGAGGGCAGCCAGAGCUCUGUGAUUCAGUAA